UGGGCACUUGUGAGCAUCGUAUCAAUAAGACAUCCGAAGGAUUAUUGAAAGAAAUUAAAAAUGGGUGUGAAUCGAGGAAGAAUACUAUUCCUACUCUAUUGUUCUCUAGUGUUCCUUAUUGGAAUGUCGCUUUACUUCAGCGACAUGUUCACAUUCGUUGUUAGAGUUAAGGAACCAAAAAUUGUUAAGGAACCACCGAAAUUUCGAGAUGCCUCGUACACCAGCCACCAGUUGAAGUCCAUGUUAUCGGAUAAUUUUACCAUAUCCACACCAGGAUGUAAAAUACCCCUCAUAAAGCCGUUCGACCGCGCCAUCAAAGAGUUCAUAAAUAACGAGUCUCUGCCGGUGUGCAAUAACGGAAUACCGCCGCUUUUCGCUUCGAAUUUAACCUCCAUAUAUCUCAUUAAGUCCUCUUUGGAAAAGUACAACAUCACCCAAGUAUAUUCGUUGGAAUGUUGCUAUAGGCCAUUCAAUAGGUUCCAACCAUAUGAAGGUGAUUACGACAAUAACAUUGUUCUGAACAAUUACUGCUACUAUUUCGAUGAAGUUGCGCACAUCCAAGAAGAAUUCGUUAAAGUGAAUUGCUUCUACGAGGAGAAGAAAAUCUACCAAGACACGUUCGCUUUCGUUCCGCUAAAGAAUAAAACGACUCCGGAGGAAAAUCCGGAUAGACUCAACGUUCUCGUGUUCGGUAUCGACAGUAUAUCAAGGAUGAAUUUAUACAGACAGUUGCCGCUUACUUUGGAGUAUCUGAAAGGGCUCGAGAUCGUGGAGUUGCUGGGUUACAACAAAGUAGGCGACAAUACUUUUCCGAAUUUGAUUCCGGUUUUAACCGGCUUGUCCGAAAGCGAGUUGGGCAAAAGUUGCUGGCCGAAUAAUACCGAUUAUUUCGACAAUUGCACGUUCUUAUGGAACUCGUACAAGGAAAAAGGCUUCCUGACCGCUUACGCGGAAGAUUCCUCCUGGAUGGGUCUGUUCAAUUACCAGAGAAUGGGAUUCAUCAAACAACCCACCGAUUACGCUUACAAUUAUUUCAACAGGUACAGCGAAAAAGUCAUCGGCAACUCCAGGCAUCUGAAUGUAAUAUUCUGCGAAGGCGGCAGGCACGUAUACAAGGAUUUCAUAGAUUACACGAUAAAUUUCGCGAAAACCAUGGACGCCAACAAUUUACCCUAUUUCGGAUUCUUCUGGGAGGUGGGAAUAUCCCACGACCUCCUAAACAUGCCGCGUCAGGGCGACGCCGACUUCCUCAGACUCUUCAAAACCCUAGCGGAAGGAAAACAUUUAGACAACACCGCGUUAAUAUUCAUGAGCGACCACGGAAUGAGAUGGGGCAGCAUCAGGGAAACCUACCAAGGCAGAAUGGAGGAACGGCUGCCCUUCCUCAAUCUCCUACUACCGCAAUCGUUUCGCAACAAGUACCCUUCGGCCUACAACAAUUUACUCUUGAACUCGAUGAGAUUGACCACGCCGUUCGAUCUGCACGAAACUCUGAUGGACCUGGCGGAUCCGCCGCAACUCGCAAGGGAUUUGAACAGGCCGCCUAGCAGAGGCAUCAGCUUGUUCAGGCCGAUCGGCGAGACCAGGACGUGCUCGGACGCCGGAAUCGCCGAGCACUGGUGCACCUGCACCCACUUCGUCGACGUCGAUCCCAUGAAGGUGGUGGAGGUGGCGAAGCGAGCCGUCUUCCACAUCAACGGCCAGCUGAAGGGGUACGCGCAGUGCGCGAGAUUGGCGCUGGAUAAAGUCACCGACGCUAAGCUGAUCUGGAAUCCGGCCAUCCAGAAAACGGAGACGUCGACCAAUUAUUUGAUCACGUUCUACACGAUGCCUGGUGGAGGGCUUUUCGAGGCCACCGUCGGGUCGGACGAGAGGCGGGAUAAGUUCGAGGUGAUCGGGAGCGUUAGCAGGUUGAAUUUGUACGCCAAUCAGAGUAAUUGUAUUACCGAUUUUCACUUGAAAUUGUACUGUUAUUGUGUGAGUUUGUUGAGUUAGGGUAUUGCGAUCGGUUGUUUAUUGCAUGGUAAGAUCUCUUUAAUCCUAGGUUCUUACCGUAGGAUUAGACCAUAUUUUUGUUCCUAUUAAUAAUAGUUUAUUUUAUUUAUUUUACUGUAAGUCGAACAAACUAAGCGCUACGAGGAAUUUUAUUGUGACGAAAACACAUUAAGAGCGU